AUGGAUCAACCUUUAUUUUCUUGCACAAAAUGCCUGCAAAAUUUCCCACAGUCUGAGAUGUCCAGGUCUGGACAAGCAUGCAAAAGGUGCAGUCCUCACCACUCCACAUUCAAACAAUGCGAAUAUUGCAAAUCUGACUUUAAAUACAAUGUUUGCGGCGGUAUCUGCCCACACUGUCAAUCUCUUAAAAGCAAGUACGGAGAGCCUCAGUCUUGUUCCAUAUGCAAUUUAAAAACUGCUUUUGGGAGCGCCUUGGUUUGCCAGAGGUGCUUACACUACAGAAACAGAUUCGGUGAGCCACGCCAGUGUCAUUCUUGUGGGAAUACGUGUGCCUUUUUAAAAGAUGAGGCCAGUCGAGAGAAAGUUGAUGGACAGAUUCUUUGUUGGGUGUGUACAUACAAUUUCAAAUUAGCUCGAUCUAAAGAACGCUCUAUUCAUGGAUUCAACAAACGUCGACAUGAUGGUUAUCAGCUUUCGACUGAAAACCGUUCGAGAUCAAGUCAUAACUCUCUUAAAAAGACCUAUACCGAUGGCUUUGGAACAAGGCAAAUUGACACGCAGAUGCAUGUACGACAGGCUUUAACUACUCAAGCACUAAGCUUAGAUUCUGUGUACAAUGAACACUUACUUACUAUAAGCCAGUUACAAGAUGAGAUCAAAUCACUCAAACGUCAAUUAACAAUUAAAGACUCUGACUUGUUAACCAAAGAUCGCACAAUAGCAGAAUUACGCUCUGAAAUGAUUGAAAUAAAAUCAAUGAAUGAAGAUCGUGUCCGAAAAAUAAAAUCAGCUGCACAGCUUGAACAAGAUCGGCUGCUAGCUACAAUACGUCAGUUACAAAAAGAGAAGGCAAUUAUUAGUCAUAAUAUUAAACGUCGUAAAAUUAAUAACAAUCUCUCAAAAAUUACAAACCGAAAUUCUUUGUCUUCGACAACUUUAUUCAAUCCAGAUUCACCGCUUACUUUGGGCUUUGCGAAACGAGUUUCCAAGCCUCCAGUACUUGAAAGCCAAGAUAAAGAACGCGGAGGCGAGGAAGCAUUGUCUUACUCAGAUCAAAUAUCAAAAAAUACACUGGACUCAACAAGUCGUUCAGUGAAAAGACAACUUACACCUGACUGUAUUGGUGUACAAGUUUACGAUGAAGACUCUAA